AUGGUGCGCGUGCUACAACAAAAAAUGGACGAGAUGCAGCAACGUCACGAAGAAGAGAUGGCGGCAGUAAAGGCCGACUGCGAAGCCCGGAUAGCCCGGGAGAUGGGGCGACUGGACAAGGGAGAACGAGUGAAGGAUAAAGGAAAAGGGGUGGAAGGAGAACGCCCGCCCUCCGAUACCGAGGGCGAUAAGACUUGGAGGCCUUCCGGAUCGGAGGCAGAAGAAAGUAAGGUCAAAUCGGUGCAGGCGGAGAGCGCUGCCGAGGACGGGCGGAUGAUAGUCAAGUCGGAGCUUUCGUCCACUUUACUACUUCCAUUCACCCAGAACAUAAUGAACGUCCAAAUCUCGGAGCAAUUUAUGGCUCCGCAGUUCAAGAUGUAUAACGGGGCAACGGAUCCCACGUCCCAUAUCCAGACAUUCUCGAACGCAAUGGCGUUCCGAACAGGCAACGACGCCAUUUGGUGCCGAGCAUUCUCGCUCUCGUUGGAAGACGAAGCACUGGAAUGGUUCAACACCCUCCCUCCUAAUUCCAUAGAAAACUUUACUGGAUUGAAACAGCUGUUCAUCAAACAAUUCGCGGCCAGCAGCAAUCAAGAUUUGACCGUGUUUGAAUUAAUGACCCUCAAGCAGGGGAAGGACGAAACACUACGGACGUUUAUGGAUAGGUACCAGAAGACUGUCCGUCGCAUAAAAGGCCUAACCCCCGAACACGCCCUUCACUAUGUCCUGCCAGGCCUAAAGCCGGGACCGUUCAAAGAUAGUGUCUGCCGGCGGGCUCCUAAAACAAUGGAGGAACUGAGGGAGAGGGCAGUUGACGAGAUAAGGGUGGAGGAGAUGAAACUCUCCUACAAAAAAGAAAAUCAAGAAGUUAGGGGAGAAAGGACGGACGGAAGUAAAACCGGUUCGUCGAUGAGAAAGACGUUCGGCCUUAGACCCGGGGAUCAGAAGAAAGGACCCCGUUUUCAACAGUAUACACCUUUGAACGCCUCAAGGGAGAAAAUUCUCCGGGAGGCCUUGAAUGCAGAGUUGAUAACGGAACACGAAGGACUCCCAACAUCAAAGAACGCUGACCGGGGCAAACACUGCUCCUACCACAAAAACAUGGGUCACAGCACCGAAGACUGCUGGACCCUCAAGGACAAAAUAGAGGAACUCAUUCGGGCGGGAAAGCUCAAGAAAUACGUCCGAGACGAGCGUCCGCCGAGACCGACCGAACGGCCUACACAGAGACCGGCUUACCAUAAGGAUAAGCCGCGAAAUCCAAAAGCGGAGCGGCCCCGGCAGGAGAGGCGCCCAAGCCGAAGUCGAAGCCGCAGUAGGGAGCGCCCCUUGAGGGGGCAUAUCAAUACCAUUUCUGGAGGAUUUGCGGGAGGAGGGUCAUCUUCCUCCGCCCGUAAACGGCAUAUUCGAGCCCUCCAUUCCGUCCAUCUGAUCGAUAAGCCACGCCGCUCCCUGCCGCCUAUCACCUUCUCGGACGAGGACUUUCACGUCCCUGAUCCCGACCAAGACGACCCGAUGGUCAUAACCGCAGAAAUAGCACGGUACGGGAUAAGCAAAGUUCUGGUCGACCAAGGAAGUUCGGUCAACAUCCUUUACUGGAGGACUUUCCAGCAGAUGGAUAUCUCUGAGGAUCUGAUCAUCCCCUACGAUGGGCAGAUAGUGGGAUUCGCAGGAGAGAGAGUUGACACGAGAGGGUACGUGGAGUUGAGGACGAGGUUGGGGACCGGACGAUCUAGUGAGGAAAAGAGGGUCCGGUAUCUGCUGGUGGAGGCUAACACGUCUUACAACGUACUGCUCGGAAGGCCAUGUUUAAACGCUUUUGGAGCGAUCGUCUCUACCCCCCACCUCACGAUGAAGUACCCCUCCGAGAAAGGAAAUAUAUGUACGGUUCGUGCGAACCAGAAGACGGCACGAGAGUGCUACGUUGCGGGGUUGAAGCUGCACGUCCGUCCACAAAGAAGGCGGGCGGCCGGUUCUGAGGUGGCCAUGGCAGACCUCGACCCUAGAACUAACACCGAGGACCGCCUGGAACCUAUUGGGGAAACACAACCUUUCUUGAUAGGAAGGGAAUCCGGUCAAACCACCCUCAUCGCCAGAGGGCUAAAACCUGAGAUGGAAAAGGAGCUUAGGGCACUCCUAUGGGAAAACCGGGAUCUAUUUGCGUGGACGGCGGCGGAUAUGCCGGGCAUCCAUCCCGCAAUAAUGAGCCAUAAGCUCUCACUUUUCCAGAAUGCUCGCCCCAUAGCCCAAAAGAAGAGGAGAAUGGGCGAGGAGAAGCGAAAGGCUGUGGAGGAAGAAGUGGAGAAAUUGAGGAAAGCAGGUUUCGUCCGGGCAGUCACUUACACCACAUGGCUAGCUAAUGUGGUCAUGGUCAAGAAGGCCAGCGGGAAGUGGCGCAUGUGCACUGAUUACACAGAUUUGAACAAAGCCUGCCCGAAGGAUUCACACCCUCUACCAAGCAUCGACGCCUUGGUGGAUGGCGCUUCCGGGCACCGAGUACUGAGCUUCCUAGACGCAUAUUCCGGCUAUAACCAGAUACCCAUGUACGGGCCGGACAUAGAAAAGACAGCAUUCAUUACGGAAAAGGCUAACUUCUGUUACGAGGUUAUGCCGUUCGGCCUUAAAAACGCGGGGGCGACGUACCAGCGCCUAAUGGAUAGGAUCUUCCGUGACCAGAUAGGCCGGUGCAUGGAUGUAUAUGUGGAUGACAUGGUGGUCCGGUCAGCUGAAGGAGAGGGACACCUCAAUGAUCUCGAGGAGGUUUUUCGCCAAGUAAGGAAAUUCGGCAUGCGCUUAAACCCCGCAAAAUGUACGUUCGGGGUAACAGCCGGAAAGUUCUUGGGCUUCAUGUUAACAUCCAGGGGGAUUGAGGCUAACCCGGACAAGUGUGACGCGGUAUUGCAAAUGCAGAGCCCGACAACACUUAAGGAGGUGCAGAGACUGAUUGGACGCCUCACUGCUUUAUCCCGAUUCAUCCCCAAGUUGGCGGAACGAAUGAGGCCGGUCCUACGAAAGUUGAAAAAGGGGACCGGUCCGACGUGGGACGACGAGUGUGAACCAGCGUUCCAGGACGUCAGGACCCUUCUUAGCAACCCACCGGUCAUGGGUCGUCCGGUCCCAGGCGGAGAUUUGCACAUCUUCUUAGGAGUGUCCGAAACGGCAGUCAGCGCCGUAUUGAUGCAGGAACGGCCUCAGGCGAGGCUAGUUUACUUCGUCAGCCGCACCCUCUUAGACGCAGAAACCCGGUACCAGCGGGUAGAAAAGGUAGCUCUGGCGUUAUUACAUGCCUCCCGGCGACUUCGUCCUUAUUUUCAAAGUUAUCAGGUCAUAGUUCGGACAGACUUCCCCAUCUCCAAAAUCCUCAGGAAGCCGGACCUAGCCGGACGAAUGGUAGCAUGGGCGAUAGAGCUCUCAGAGUUCGGCUUACGCUAUGAACCAAGGGGAUCGGUUAAGGGCCAACAUUUGGCGGAUUUCGCGGCUGAACUACCCGCUUCCGGGCAGGACGAAUGGAACUUGUACGUAGAUGGGGCCUCUGGCCGCUCGAUCAGUGGGGCCGGCAUCGUACUUGAAGGCCCCAACGGAUUUUUGCUGGAGCAUUCUUUGAUAUUUAAGUUCAAAGUAUCCAACAAUCAAGCAGAGUACGAGGCCCUAGUGGCCGGUCUCGAGCUGGCAAAGGACAUGGGGGCGAGGAGGAUAACCUGUCGGACGGACUCUGAACUAGUGGUGGGCCAAAUGAAUGGCAACUUCCAAGUCAGAGAGGAACGCCUCUUGAGGUACUACCAGAGAGCAACCGAGCUUGCCAAAGCGUUCGACAAAGUUGAUAUACAGCAUAUCCCCAGGGAACAAAACACGAGGGCGGACGUACUAUCCAAACUCAGUUCUGGAAGGGAAAAGGGGCAGUUGACUACUGUCGUACGGCAGGUUCUACUACAGCCUUCCGUAGAAUGCUCGUCGGUAUCCAUAGGAGGGCAAGAUUGGCGGGCAGGAAUCCGGGAAAUCAUGAGCCGCCAGGAUGAGGGCCGGAUGGUAGGUCCGGGCGAAGCUAAGAGGGUCGCCCGUUAUCUUCUCGUGGGGGAUGAUUUGUACCGAAGGGGAUUCUCCUCCCCCCUCCUUAAGUGCUUGGGGGCUGAAGAGGCAUACUAUGCCAUGGACGAACUUCACAACGGCGUUUGUGGUCUCCACACGGGCUGGAGAACGUUAAAAGCCCGGCUACUAAGGGCCGGGUAUUAUUGGCCUACCAUGGAGGCGGACACAAGAACGUUCGUCCAGAAGUGCAUCCCUUGUCAAGAACAUUCCAACAAUCCCCACCUUUCACCACAUACCCUACAUUCAAUAUCAUCCCCUUGGCCGUUCGCCCAAUGGGGAAUGGACAUCGUUGGACCAUUCCCAGCGGGCCGGGCACAAAAGAAAUUCCUUUUGGUGGCGGUGGAUUACUUCACCAAGUGGGUAGAGGCUGAACCUUUGUCCAUCAUCACAAAUAAUGGCCGACAGUUUAUCGACAAAAAACUUGCCGAAUUCUUUAAAGGACUAGGGAUCAAGCACAACACCAGCUCUGUAGAGCACCCCCAGACCAACGGUCAAGCAGAAGCAAUGAACAAAACCAUAGUUUCAGAACUCAAGCGGCGUUUGGGAGAAAGAAAGGGAGCGUGGGUCGACGAAUUACCCGAGGUCCUAUGGGCCUAUAGAUGCACACCUCAUGGAACCACAGGCGAGACCCCGUUCAACCUAACCUAUGGUACUGACGCCAUGUUGCCGGUUGAGCUGGGUGAACCGUCGCUAAGACGGGAAGUUGAAGACCUGAACCUCAACGACCAAGAGUUGAGGAUCGAGUUGGACUCCCUGGACGAACGGCGAGACCGGGCGGCACUGAGGGCCGAAGCAUGCAAGCGAAUGGUAGAAAGAAAAUACAACUCCAAGGUUCGGCCUAGGAGCUUCCAGGAGGGAGACCUAGUAUGGAGAAAGGCGGGUGACGCCCGCCGAAACCCGGCACAUGGAAAGCUCGCCGCCAAGUGGGAGGGGCCAUUCAGGAUACAGGAAGCCUACGGAAACGGAGCCUACAGGCUGGAACGCAUGGACGGACGUCCCAUCACCAAUACUUGGAACGCCACACAUUUGAAAUUUUAUUUCAGCUAA